AAUAUUAACCAAAUUACACUCAGUAAUUAUCAAAGUUACGCUGAACUACAAAAACAAUUGAAACUUCAAGUGAAGAACGAUAUGAAGACAUGGUCAGAAGAAUUGUUGGAAUUUAAAGAAAAAUUAAAAAGUCUUCUGAAAAUUCUUGCCAAAAAAAGUGUGGUGAGAAUCCAGAGUACUCUGAAACAAGAUGCAAAUGCCUACAUAUCUACAGAUUUGACGAAAGAAAUAAUGAAAAUAAAAUCGUUGCAUACCGAAAUGCAAUGGUAUAUGAAUAGUGAAAAUGAUAUUCCAAUCAGCCAUGAAGAGGUGGAAAGAUGGCUUAACGAUGUACGAAAAACAUUAGCAUCAUUAGAUCAGAGUGCAAAAAAUCUCGUCAAUUUCUACAAGUCCAUCAUCAUAAUACUAUUCAACAGGUUUUUUGGCGAACUGGAAGAUCUGAAAGAAACUAUGACCAAAACUGGUAUUGUAAAACCAGAAGAUAUUGAAGAAUUUCAGAGUGAAAUUUAUACUCCUGCUAUCGAUGAAAUAAAUAUUCAGUUCCACAAUGAUUUCGAAAAAUUGACGAUGUUCGAAAUUGAACUAAAUAUCGUACUAGAGAAACUCAGGCAAAGUCCAAAUGAGAAAAAACUGGAGAAUCAUUUUGAUGAAGCUAUUACCAUAUUAGACAAUUUGGAAAAACUAUACAACUCACACUGCGUCUCUGAGACACAAGUACUUCAAAAGUACAAAACAAUGAUGGACAUAGAAAUAGAAGUACUGAUGUCAGAAAUAAAGCGAUUUCUUGUUCUACAUCCUCCCGAUGCCGAGAGGGAUCCAAAAAAGCAAAGAAAAAGAGCCAGUCAAACCGUUGAAGUAAAAAUUGAUCCAAAUGAGAAUCUAGUACCGAGGCAGAUAUUAUAUUGUACAUAUCAGGUUGAUGCAGUUAAGAACUGGAUGUUUGGACUCUGGGAAGCAAUCAACCAGUAUCUUUCGACUUGCAGAACGGAAAUAUUAGUCGUGACAGAUCAAUGGAUGGAAAAGCAAGCUGAAAAAAUCAAUGAACGUCUGAAAGUAAAGAUCGCCUUUCAUAAGCCCAGAUAUCAAACUACGAAAUACACGAUUUACGAAAAAAGACUCAUGGAGUUGAGGAAGCAUUCGAAGAGAAUUUCAAGCCACAAAUUAGCAGCUGAAGAAAAAAUCCAAAGUCUGCGGGAGCUCAAAAGUUUGAAUGACCAAAAAUUCGCAGAUGUCUGUAACCAGUUCACAUUGAAAAAAGUGGAAAUAUUGAAUGAAAUCAAGAACUUAUCAAAAUCACACCUGAUUCGCGGGCGCUUUCAAGUCGUCCAUCCAAUGUUCAAGAAUCACGAACAAAUGUUGCAGAAAAUAGAAAUAGAUUAUAGAGAGAAUAGUCUGAAUUUUCUGGAACGUUUAAAGAUAUCUGACUACAAGUUUAUCAAAGCAUCAAAGUUAUUUUCCGAAGGAGGUAAUUUCAAUAUUGAGGAGUUAGAUUCGCUACAAAAAAAUCUAAACAAACUAGAGCAUUCUGCAGAAACUGCUAUGCAAAAAUGUAUCGAUGAAGAGAAAGUUAAAUACGGAAAAUACUAUUCACAACUAUCAAACGUUCACACUGAAAUCGUAUCAAGUUUCAAUAAACUCAUCGAAGAACUUGAACAUAAUGAGACAAUUGUGGAAGUAAUCAAAAAACUCCAGAAAAUCAUUAACAAUGAGGAUAUCUCAGUUCAGACCCAAAUCAAACGUAUCGACGGCGAAAUCAAAAAUAUUAUAGAAAUAGCAGAAGAAAAUGUAGGAAAUGAAGAAUACUUGAAUUCUUUUUCUGAAUUAUUUCUAAAUAUUAUUGCCGAUAUACUGAAUUUAUAUAAAUUCCUGGAACCGUCGAAAAGAAUUGAUACAUAUCCAGUUUCCCAUAUUGCAACCAAUAAAAGUAGUAUGAUGAUGAAAUCCAAAUCAGAUAGACAUACAAAUUAUUCGGGGUUUUUAUUUGAUAUGAUACCAAUAGAAGAACAUACUUUCCUCUCGAAACUGAACGUUUUACUAUAUACUUCGUUCGUUGACAUUCAGAAUAAGGCUAAG